UUUCUCUGGCAACACUCUUCCCUCUCGCUCGAUGGAGGAGCAGCCCUGUGUGCGGGCACAUCACCACCGCCAUGCAGACGAGGCAGGGAACCCCAACUGUCCGCCGACAGUGGUGAAACAUGAGCAGAAUCACGAACAGGGCCAGCCUUCGAAAACGUCGAAGAAGAAAACAGGAGAUGUUAAAGUAAAUGGUUCGACAACAGAUAAAGACAGUAGUGGAUCUCCCAAAUCUCAGGACUCUAGGGAUGUUCAUGUCUUUUAUCCUAAUGGGCCAAGAACUGAUAACCGGCAUCAAGUAGAUAGCAAGACCAGACCAAAACGGGGCUUCCGAUUUACAACCCACUUCUCCUUCAAACUGGGACACAGAGUUAUUUAUAGCUAUAAAAACGUUAUGGACAGAAGAAAUGGUAAGCCCUUGGAAAGCAGGCUUCGUGAAGGAAAAGCAAUUGACAAAAGAGAGGCUGUGCCACUUCUAAACGGAGUUUUGCCUUUUAAUGUCUUUAGUUUUGCAAAUGGUUAUCCCAAUAAAUCAGCACAUGACAAUGAUGGUAGUGGCUCUGAAAGUGGUUAUACAACACCCAAGAAGCGUAAAGCACGGUGCAACAGCAUCAAGAGCUGUGAUAACCUGAGCUUUGGUCAGGAUAAAACCAUGCAGCAGGAAAGCUCCCCCCUCUUGAAAAAGGAGUUUGAAACUAUUCAACCUGAUUUGCAAGAGAAACUUACUGGAAAAUUGGAAGGAAUAAAAACCACAGUUAAAUCUGAGACUUCAGCAGGUCUGGCAGCAACACGACCAAAGCCUGUAUCUGAGAUUCAGAAGAAGAACUCUGAGCUCAAACUCUGUGCUGCAGGGAAGAAAAAUGAGGACAGACUCAUCAAAUCAAAGCUUACUUCUGCUGUGCCAACAAAAGAGGAUUCGUGGACCUUGUUUAAGCCACCCCCUGUUUUUCCUGUGGAUAACAGCAGUGCUAAAAUUGUUCCGAAAAUAAGUUAUGCAAGCAAAGUUAAAGAAAACCUCAACAAAGCAGCCCAAGGUGUGGGUGAUGCUGUUUCUUCUCGGGCAUCUGGAAAACUGUCACAGGUACCGAUGUCUGCUAUGAAAGCUGUUUCUUCACCUUGUUUUACAAAUGGACCAAUGUCCACUGACUGCAACAGCUGUGAGCCCCAGGCACUGUUUACUCCUGCUGCUAGUACAGUAAUAUCUCCCUCCUUUUCAGAGGGUGAAAGUGAAGUGUCCUCCCCAGACAGUGGCUGCCUUGUAGUUUCAGCAAAAAUUGAGCAAAAGAAGGCAAACCCAUUUUCAUGUCCUUUGAAUAUGCAACCCCAGUUUUCUAGUAUUAGCUUGACAGAUAUACCCCUUUCACAGACGAAUCAACAAACUCUUGGGGAUAUCUUUCAAAACCAGUGGGGAUUAUCCUUUAUUAAUGAGCCAAGUGCCGGUCCAGAGGCAAGUCCUUCUGCUACAGACAGUAGAAUGACAGAAGUCACAUUUCAAGGAGAUUACCCUUCUGCACUAACCUUGCAGGGCCCAGAAAUUCUUCCCUCAGGACCUGAAUGCCUGGUCUUUCCAAAGGCUUUUGAAUUUGACAAACGGACUAGUCCUCCAAACCUUAGUGGUAUUUUAAAGUCAUCCUUAGUUUCUGGCUGCGAGAGUGGAGCUUCCACUUUUGAAGCACAGCAAAUCUUUGGUGAUGAACUUCAGAAAACUGAAGAUGGGAAACUAGGUGCAAUAUUGUUUGUUCAAUCACCUCCGGCCUCUCCCACGAACCCUGUGUUGGCAUUUGCCAAAGACCAGAGGUGUCGGAGAGAUUUUGACAGAAGAGAUAGUUGGGGGUCAUUUGAUCUUAGAGCUGCUGUUAUUUAUCACACUAAAGAAAUGGGACUUAUUUUAAAUUUGCAAAAACAAGAUCCCAAACGAAUAGUCAUUUAUGAUGAAGCCAUGGAUCGACCUGAUCAAUGAAAUUAGUACCGCCAGCAGUUGCUCUACGGUUUUCAUUUUCUGCUACAGCAAUACAGCUAUGCUGGAUGAUUAUUGCUGCACCGCCUUUAUAGAUAACCGUCGCUUGGAACAGAAGAAUACCAUUGGUGUGAAGCUGUCAACAAGAAUUGCAGUAGAGAAGUGAAAAGGCGGGAAGGAGAAAACAAGCCUGAAAACAAAUUUUGUAUAACUUGUUUCCUAUUGCUGACAGAGCCAGAAGACAGAUUUUAAAUAUGACCUCCAAUACUUCAAAUGGUAUUAAGACUCCAAACAAAUUCUCAGUUGCAAGAAUUAAAGACUUGGUUCUGAAACAUUUCUGUCUUUGGGCUAUAAAAAGUAACAGAUGACCCAUUUUCAAUCUUGACGUGAAACUUGCAUCUGCCUAUAGUGUCACAAAGUUAGUUUUCACUGGACAAAUUGUUCAGAGACUUGUUGGGUUUUUUUUUUUUUUUUGCAAUUUUAGAAUUUGGAAUUUAUAUAUAUAUAUAUAUAUAUAUAUAUAUAUAUAUAUAUAUAUAUAUAUAUAUAUAUAUAUAAAAUAUAAUGUUUAAACACAAAUGCAUAGAAUUAUAAAAAUGGGAAUCAGUUAGCAAAAUGCCUUGAAAAUUGUUUUUAGAUAUAUUCUAGGAAUUGGCCAUCUUUGCACCAAAUGUAGAUGAAAUUAUUUCAGUGUGGGGCUAUAUGAAUAUAGAAUCAGAGUGUAGCUAAAAAAUCUAAAUGUUCACAUUUCUUAGUAGAGUACAAUAUUAUUUUGAUUUGGCAUCAUUCUUUCCAUGAAAUCAAGUUUACCCAUACAAAAUAAAAUUCUGCCAUGGAACUCCAUGUGACUUGAUGUAUGGGAGAAGUAAAUCAAUUUACUAUGUGUGUCUUGCCUUGGAGUUCACACUUAGUAGUUCACACUUGGCAACAUUAACUCUGUCUGUGUACAGUGGAAUGUGCAACAAUUAUUUUUCUUUUAAGUUGACCAUUAUCAAUACUCUUACCAUAUGCAUUUUGAAGCAUAUCACAUAGUAAAGAAUUCAACAACAGCUGUUAAAAUGAAAAGCAUCAUUUAUUCUAGGCUUGCAUUAAUGUAGCAGGUGGACAACAAAAGUCUUAUAUUUUAUGAUGGCCAGUCUAGUCAUCCCCUAAAACUGGCCUUUCAUGUGUUUUAAACAGUUUGAUAGGAGAAUCCUAGAUAACUGAGAUGAGCAUGGUUAAAUCUAAAAAAAAAAAAAAAUUCAUUUUGGACACUACAGCUUUAUUUCUUUAAAUUGUCUGGCGCUGACCUUUCUUUGUUCCAUGUGUCACUGAUGUGUAUGUUCUUAAAAGUAUUCAGAAUGCUAGCUAAACGAUUAGGGUUUUUUUUUUUUUGUUUUGUUUUUUUCAUUUUUUGGGGGAAUGUUCAAUAGGCACAGAGUUGGCAACCUCAGUGUUAAUUUUACAGGAGGUGGGAAGAGUAAUAUCUGUGAUAGUGUGACGGUGUAUAUAUUUGCAUAAAUUAUUUGGAGGUUUGUUCUUACGUAUGUGCACUUUUAACCUGCAAAUUUAUGUGUAAGCAUCACUUAUUACACAGAUAUAGCAAGGAUAUUAAGGCAGUCUACAAAGUGAUUUAUUCCCAACAUUGUUUUGAGUGAACACUGAUGAUGAUACCCUUGGAUUUUAUUUAUAGUGUGAAUGUUUUGCCCCAUUCUAAAUUCAUAGUUUUAUCAAUAUCUGCUGAAGCAAAAAUAGAAUCUUUUGGCAGUACUCUGCAGACUGCAUUGGAAGGGAACAAAAAUCGAGUGCUUGCACGCCAAAUGGAGGUUUCAUUUGUCUUUUGAUCAUUCUGGACUCUAGGAUUUUCAGAGGUUAUAUUACUGUUCUUACUCGUGAGUAGGUCAAAACUUGUGUGUGUGCAGCAGACUUGUUUUAAAGGAUUCAUAAAAAUGCCAUAGGUCUGGCUUUUCUUCCUAGUUGUAAGUUUAAAAAAAAAAAAAAAAAAGAUCAAAAACAGAUGGUUAAUAUUAAUAGAAUAAAUAUUUGCACAUUUUUACUUGAUAUAAACUUCUUAAUGGCCUCCCAAAAGGCAGUAUAUCACUAUGUAUUCACAUUUUCUACACCAUCCACCCAAUUUCUAGUUAGUGUCAUGGAUAAUAUUUUUUAAAGUUGCUAACUACCAAAGAUAUUUCUAAGCAAGAUAUCUUCAUUAUGGAAAUUCAGCAAAUUUUAUUCAAAGAUAUAUUGUGUAAACCAGAGAAUAACACUAAACUACCAAUUCUGUACAGCACCUCUUCAUAUAUUAGGACGUUCCUGCAUAAUAACUUUUGAGUCACAGAGGUCAUUCUGCAUUUAUAUUAAAAUAUUCAGCAUUACUUGCUUUAUCUUGUAUGCUACAUUUUUCUCUUUCCAAGAAUCCUGAAGUAUUCUUUAACUAUGAUUAAAUGUGUUUAAGGGAGAUUAUACAUGGUAGUGUGCUCAAUACUCAUAGAAUGGUCUGGAGUUAUUGGAUGUCUCAGUUUAUACUUUAGUUAGCUUCCCUCAUGUGUGACAUGCAUAAAGCUUCAUACGGUCAUAUUAGAGCUGUUAAUUGUGGCUGUGCUGACAAUCUCACAACUAGCAUUUUCAGAAAUUACAUUUUUAAUUUUUUAAAAACGUUUCUUCUCCGCUCCCAUGUUAGAUGGUAAUGCUGAUAAACUUUAAUAUAUUUAGGCUAUUUGUACACUACACGUGAGGUUUUUUUUUCUUCAAAAUCUAAAUAUUUCAGAAUAGUAAACCUUUUAGUGAAACCAUUCUAUUCCACAGUCAUCAUAUUGUAGUAAAUUUCUUUGUCUUUAUGAAGUUUGGCCCCACAGCAUAGUAAAUAGUCUUUUUGGACUUUAAAAUCAUUGCAGUAAUAUACCAAAUUGUUCAUGCUUGGUGUAUACUGGGUUUAAUGUCUUUUGAGUAUAUUGAGCUAAAAAAAUGAAUUUGCACUUUAUUUUGCAGAGUGUAGUGAUUCUAAAAUUGCCCAGUCAAGCAGACUGCUUGUUUGUGGCUGUUAAAGAUCCACAUUUCUGCUUAUCAGUCACUCAGGUGAUUUAGGAAAUUCAUUCUUUUAAAGAAGAGACCAAUAUAUACUGUCCCCUGUGUUGCCAGCAAAAACAAGAAUAUUGCUCAGUCUGGUUUUAAAAAAACCACAAGUAAAAAAAAAUGUGUUCUUCCUAACAUUUGACACCUUUUGGUUUCUCGUUUUCUUGGAGACCUUUGCACACAUCAGUUUACGUGCAUGACCUGUAUUAACAGUAAUCUCAAAUUUAUUGGGUCAGGUGGGUAACCAGAAUUUUCACUUUCUGUACUGUAUGGAUGGAUGGCAAUGGUGGUCUCCAUUUCCAUUUCUACUUGCUAGAUCUUUAAUACCACCACUUGAUUGAUUAAUAAAGUAGUAGGGCAGGGGUGUGUGCACUUCUAGCACAGUUAUAAUUACUGUAGUUUCAAGGCACAGUGUUUGUUCCAGUAGUGAUGGCUUGUCCAUGGCAAUUGCUGUAAUUAUAAGUGUACGCUAUCUUCAGUUUAGUACUUGCAUGUUGUGAGCUGGGGGAAUAGUUGGUAUGUAUAUUGUACCUCCUGGUGUUGUUUCAGCAACCAGAAGCCACCAAGCUUGUGCAGUUGUCCCCUACUAUAGAUGUCAAGGUGUGUACAGUUGAAAUUAUUCUUUCACAAAUUAAAUUUACAAACUAAGCGGUUAACAAAUGGUGGGAGCACUUUAUGACAAAACUCUUCAGAGUACUGAAUAAUAGCAUGUCUAACACGGAGGAAACAGUGUUUUAGAAUGCCUAUCAAGUGAUCUUUCAUAUUACAUCUUCAAAAAUUAAAAUGGGACUUGUAUAAAUAAGUGAAGCUCUGGAGGGGUAAAAUGUAAUUGCUAUUUUAGACAAUUCAAGUAUUGAUUUCUUUAUCUUGGUCCUCCCCAUUAUAAAAAAGGAUCCUUAUACAAUUCAUCUAGCAAGCACUUAUUUAACAGUAAUGUAUAUUCUUUUUAGUUUUAUAAAUUUGUAAAAAUUAAAAUGUGAAUGUUUUAGCCUGCUUUUAAAAAUAAUUGGCAAAACAAUUGGUAUGGGAUGUUACUUGGGAUGAUUCUGUUAAAGUCAGAUGUCAUUAUUGGGUGUUGACAACAAGGACACUUAAGUGAAUUGCUUGUAUGAUUAGACAGUGAAUGAGGAGGAGUGGUACAAAACAAACAGAAAAACUUUAGUGUAACUGAGUUCACUCACAUCAGGCAUGUGCAGUCACAGUAUACACUUCAAAUGGCAAAAACUUGAAGUAAAUAUGGUGGUGCUUUUUCUAAUCCAAUAUAUUAACUGAAAACACUUUUAGCUGGCAGACAUCCGUGUUGUGACCAGUAAUGUUCUGAAGUAAGAGGCUAUUUCAUUUAAUUGUGUGUGUGUGUGGUGGUUUUUUUUUUGUUUUGUUUUUUUUUUUUGUGUCCACAGUUUUAAUUCAACGAUGCGUGCAAUUAAAGAUGCUAGUCCAAGUGGUUACACGGUUUACUCUAAUUCUAUUAUUACAAGCAGACAUCACAUCUAGUUAAGGUUGCUAAUGACUAUAUAAAAGUAAUUUGGAUACAGAGGCCAUACACAAGUACUGUAUGUAUAAUUCAAGUCCAGUAAAUAGAAGGUUGUUUUGGCAUGUCCAAAUAGAGCUGUUAUAUGCCUGUCAUGACCUUUGUCUUUUCUGAUUUUGAUGUGUGUGCCAUAAAUUUGUCAAGGAGCAGUGUGUGGCUAAUCUACCCGUCAUCUACUAGUACUUUUGGCAUAUUUUCAUUUUAACCUGCUCAUGCAAUAUUAUCUUUUCUAUUCCUCCACAUAUAUAGAUCAUGGGGUUAAACAGUAAUUAUAUUGAUCAUCCAGUUAAUUGGUCAUUGAAAGCUCCACCAAAGUAAAAACUGAUGUUGUUGUACUUCAAUGUGCAUGGAGCUAUAGGUAAUGGCCCUGACAGGUUUCUAUAAUUAUUUCAUUUAACUAGAUACUUCAUCACAGUCACCCCACAGUUUAAGUUCAUUGUUAUGUGCUUGAAAAAUUAUUGGGGGCCGUACUCCUAUGGUUGAUCAAAUGUAAGCUUUAGGACAAAUUAUGCCUCCCAACUGUUUCCACUUAAAGUUUAAUAUAAGUAAGUUAUCUGUCUGUGGCAGCCUAGGAGAGGAGUGUGACUGCCUCUGUCAGCGACUUCAAUAUUGUCGUCAUGUCUCAAUAGACGAUCAUUGAUGUCGUACUUUCUGUCUUGCUUAAACUGUUCAGUCAGCCAUAUUGACUAAAUCAAGUGGCUGAAAGUGAAACCACAAAGACAUCAGAGUGUGAAAAACCUUUUCACUGUUGUGGAGUUGGUGUUCUUUUGGACUUCAACCCUAAAUUUAAUCAAUGUUGUCAUGGAGCCGAAGACUGCUUAAUUAUUCAGAAUUAAUUAACUUAAUACAGGUGAAAUGUAACAGCUUAGUUUAACUCGUUUAAAAUUAAAUCUUUAUCUAAAAUACUGCUUUGUCUUUUUAAUAAACCUGAUUAUAUUCUCAUGGGCCCCUCAGGCAGUAUUUACCCUGCAAUAUUUGGUUCAGACUGACCUGAAAAAGACCCCAGCUGUGAAUUAUUUUAUGGGGUUUUAAAAAUGUCUCUAAAGUUUAGUCAAAUGCAAUAUUUGGUCUUAAUAAAUUUUAAAAUGUUUCA